UGAAGCGCAGGCAGGAGUCCGGCUGCUGAAAGCCCAGCUGGGUUACGUCAGUGCAGCGUAUGGAGAAAUCCAGAUCCGGCUGGACAACGCCAGUGCAGCGCGAGGAGCAGUGCAAGGUCGCUACAGUGACGUGCUGAAAUUUUUCUCCGGACGCUGGAGGUUUUACGGUGGGAACCUCUAUUACUUUUCACGAGAAAAAAAGUCGUGGGACGAGGCCGAGCGGUUCUGUGUAAAUUGGAACUCACACCUGACCUCUGUCUCCUCCCAGGCGGAACAGGAGUUUCUCUCCAAGGAGACCAAGGGACAAGAUCACUGGAUUGGACUCACCGACCGGGAGACAGAAGGCAGCUGGCGCUGGGUGGAUGGCACAGAAUACAGAGCAGACGCAAGCAGGGGGUUCUGGGAGGAGAAUCAGCCAGACAACUGGCAUCAGGGGACAGGAGGCAGAGAAGACUGUGUUGAGAUACGCCCAAGGAAGCUGAAUAGGUGGAAUGAUGCCAACUGCACUCUGCUUUUCAGGGCUGCUGUCAGAGGGAGGCUCUAACCCAGCAGGCUGCAGAAAGGACCCACAGGCCAGUGAUCAGGGGCUCGGCUCAGCGCGAAGGCAGGACAAUGGCGGAUGAGGAUAUCUAUGAGAACAUGCCGAUGACGGAAGCUGCUCCCCAGCCCAAAGGAAACCCUCCCAAGACCUCGGUCCCUUGGCGGCACAGGGCAGGGGGCAUCAUCGUCACUGCUGUCCUUCUCCUCCUGGGUCUGGCCCUGGCCACGUCCCUCCUUGCUGUGACGCUUCUAUAUCUCCGGGCACAGAGCAAGCUGCAAGCGGUUGAAGAAGCGGUGCAGAAGCUCCAAGUCUCUCUGCAGCCUGACGAUGCCUCGGACGCGUCAGCGAAGGGAUCGGACAGUCUAAAGCUAUUGGAUGAAGCGCAGGCAGGAGUCCAGAAGCUGAAAGCCGAGCUGGGUAAUGUCAGUGCAGCGUAUGGAGAAAUUCAGAUCCAGCUGCAUAACGUCAGUGCAGCGCGAGCAGCAGUGCAAGGUCGCUGCAGUGAUGUGCUGACAAAGGUCUCCAGGGGAUGGAGGUUUUAUAGUGGGAACCUCUAUUACUUUUCACAAGAAGGGAAGUCGUGGGACGAGGCCGAGCAGUUCUGUGUGUCUCAGGACUCGCACCUGACCUCUGUCUCCUCCCAGGCGGAACAGGAGUUUCUCUCCAAGGAGACCCGGGGAGAAGCUCACUGGAUUGGACUCACCGACCGGGAGACAGAAGGCAGCUGGCGCUGGGUGGACGGCACAGAAUACAGAGCAGACGCAAGCAGGGGGUUCUGGGCGGAGAAUCAGCCAGACAACUGGGAUCAGGGGAUUGGAGGCAGAGAAGACUGUGUUCACAUCAAUCCAAUCAACCGGAAUUUGUGGAAUGAUGUCAGCUGCACUGAGCCUUUCAGGUGGAUUUGUAAGCAGGCCCAUGGACCAGCUGGGAUGUGACAUGCAGGUCCCAGCACCUCAGAAAGCCACCUUAAUUUUCGAGCUAGAAUAUUUCCCAGCCACCUGCCGAUGAGGCGCCCUGGGCACUGGAGGGGGCCGCAUGGGAUGUGCAUCGCAGGGACGCUUUGUCUUGCUGUGAUAUUUCUGGCUGUGGCAGCAACAGCUGCCCUUAUGCCACUCAGUGUGGCUGGCUCUGUAAUUUGUAUGUUUCCAGGUCUGUCACUGAAUAACAUCCUUGGAUCGUGGAGUUAUUGUUUCAC